GCGGUAAAAGCACCGAACGACGGGCCCUAUUGGCCAACGAUAUGCUGUGGCUGGCAGUGAGCAUAUUCCUCGUGAGUCUGUUUGACAACAUGAUGGACAUCUGCGAUCUGUUCCGAUUGAUCUUCGAGGUUGUGAGUGCCUACGGCACGGUUGGACUGUCACUGAGCACGCCAGAUGAUACCGGAUCCUUCGUUAGUGGUAUGUCCGCGUUUAGCAAGCUUGUUAUCAUGGCUGUAAUGAUGAGUGGGCGCCAUAGAGGUCUUCCCCAUUCUCUGGACUCAGCCGUUACCAGGAUCAAACAGCCUACCACCAAGCCACAGUCGAGCCCCCUGAGUCAGAUGCGAUUGGACGACUUUAUGCAGUACACGCGUGGCCACCCUACGUCCACUAUUUACAGUGGCGCGAAUGUCCGGUUCAGUAUAUCCGAUUCACAUACCAGUGUUCGCAAUCGCUUCGGCGAUAAUCUACGGAGACGCUUCUCCAUGCAGCAUAGUCGAUCUGAUGUGAACGAUACAAUUAUGCACCGCUCUCGCGAAGAUUUGCACUACGCUACAGUUGGCCCGGCGUCGCGCGAGAAACUCAACGGUGGAUGUAUUCAAUAAAAAUGAG